GAAAUGGCUUCGGUGUUAGCCGGGACCCGAUUCAGGUGAAGGUCUGGUCAGCGCUUAUUUGGAGAGGUGGGCGGCCGAAGUGGGAUUCUUAAUGUCUUGUCGGAUCCACGGAACGGCUGGGAACUCUUCUUGGUGCCCCGGAGGUUACAGGCCGGCGACGAUCGCUGCUGUAGAAGACAAACAAGUGAAGGUGUUUUUCCCUUUGCAUCAUGGCUCAGUUUGGAGGACAGAAGAAUCCGCCAUGGGCUACUCAGUUUACAGCCACUGCAGUAUCACAGCCAGCUGCACUGGGUGUUCAGCAGCCAUCCCUUCUUGGAGCAUCUCCUACCCUUUACACACAGCAAACUGCACUGGCGGCUGCAGGCCUUACCACACAGACGCCAGCAAACUAUCAGUUAACACAGACUGCAGCAUUGCAGCAACAGGCUGCAGCUGCAGCAGCUGCAUUGCAACAGCAAUAUUCACAACCUCAGCAGGCCUUGUAUAGUGUGCAGCAACAGUUACAGCAACCCCAGCAGACCCUUUUAACACAGCCAGCGGUUGCACUCCCUACAAGCCUUAGCCUGUCUACUCCUCAGCCUGCAGCACAGAUAACUGUAUCCUAUCCAACACCAAGAUCCAGUCAACAACAGACCCAACCUCAGAAGCAACGUGUUUUCACAGGAGUUGUUACAAAGCUACAUGAUACCUUUGGAUUUGUGGAUGAAGAUGUAUUCUUUCAGCUGAGUGCUGUCAAAGGGAAAACUCCCCAGGUGGGUGAUCGAGUAUUGGUUGAAGCUACUUACAAUCCUAAUAUGCCUUUUAAAUGGAAUGCUCAAAGAAUUCAGACACUACCAAAUCAGAAUCAGUCCCAAACCCAACCUUUAUUGAAGACUCCUCCUGCUGUACUUCAGCCAAUUGCACCACAGACAACAUUUGGAGUUCAGGCUCAGCCCCAGCCUCAGUCUCUGCUGCAGGCACAGAUUUCAGCCGCUUCUCUUACACCACUGCUGCAGACGCAGCCACAGCCCUUACUCCAGCAGCCACAGCAAAAAGCUGGUUUAUUGCAGCCUCCUGUUCGUAUAGUUUCACAGCCACAGCCAGCACGAAGGUUAGAUCCACCAUCUAGAUUUUCGGGACGGAAUGACAGAGGGGAUCAAGUGCCUAAUAGAAAAGAUGACCGAAGUCGUGAAAGAGAAAGAGAAAGACGUAGAUCCAGAGAAAGAUCACCUCAGAGGAAGCGAUCCCGGGAGAGAUCUCCCCGAAGAGAGAGAGAACGGUCACCUCGGAGAGUUCGACGUGUUGUUCCACGUUACACCGUGCAGUUUUCCAAGUUUUCUUUAGAUUGCCGUAGUUGUGACAUGAUGGAACUAAGGCGCCGUUAUCAGAAUUUAUACAUACCUAGUGAUUUUUUUGAUGCUCAGUUUACGUGGGUGGAUGCUUUCCCUUUGUCAAGACCAUUUCAGCUGGGAAAUUACUGCAAUUUCUAUGUAAUGCACAGAGAAGUAGAGUCCUUAGAAAAAAACAUGGCUGUUCUUGAUCCUCCAGAUGCUGACCACUUAUAUAGUGCAAAGGUAAUGCUGAUGGCUAGCCCUAGCAUGGAAGAUUUGUAUCAUAAGUCAUGUGCUCUUGCUGAAGACCCACAAGAACUUCGGGAUGGAUUUCAACAUCCUGCUAGACUUGUUAAGUUUUUAGUGGGCAUGAAAGGCAAGGAUGAAGCCAUGGCCAUUGGAGGGCACUGGUCUCCUUCGUUGGAUGGACCAGACCCAGAAAAAGACCCCUCUGUGUUGAUUAAGACUGCUAUUCGUUGUUGUAAGGCUCUGACAGGCAUUGAUCUAAGUGUAUGCACACAAUGGUACCGUUUUGCAGAGAUUCGCUACCAUCGCCCUGAGGAGACCCACAAGGGGCGUACAGUUCCAGCUCAUGUGGAGACAGUGGUUUUAUUUUUCCCGGAUGUUUGGCAUUGCCUUCCCACCCGCUCAGAGUGGGAAACCCUCUCCCGAGGAUACAAGCAGCAGCUGGUGGAGAAACUUCAGGGUGAACGCAAGGAGGCUGAUGGAGAACAGGAUGAAGAAGAGAAGGAUGAUGGUGAAGCUAAAGAGAUUUCUACACCUACUCAUUGGUCUAAACUGGAUCCAAAGACAAUGAAGGUAAAUGAUCUCCGAAAAGAAUUAGAAAGUCGAGCUCUUAGUUCCAAAGGAUUAAAAUCCCAGUUAAUAGCUCGUUUGACAAAACAGCUUAAAGUAGAAGAACAAAAAGAAGAACAGAAGGAAUUAGAGAAAUCUGAGAAAGAAGAGGAAGAGGAGGAUGAUAGGAAAUCUGAAGAUGAUAAAGAGGAAGAAGAGAGGAAACGCCAAGAGGAAAUGGAGCGCCAGCGUCGGGAAAGAAGAUACAUUUUGCCUGAUGAACCAGCCAUCAUUGUACAUCCAAAUUGGGCUGCAAAAAGUGGCAAGUUUGAUUGUAGCAUCAUGUCUUUGAGUGUCCUUUUGGAUUACAGAUUAGAGGAUAAUAAAGAACAUUCAUUUGAGGUUUCAUUGUUUGCAGAACUUUUCAAUGAAAUGCUUCAGAGAGAUUUUGGUGUGAGAAUAUACAAAUCAUUACUGUCUCUUCCUGAGAAAGAGGACAAAAAAGAAAAGGACAAGAAAAGCAAAAAAGAUGAGAGAAAAGAUAAGAAAGAAGAAAGAGAUGAUGAAACUGAUGAACCAAAGCCCAAACGGAGAAAAUCAGGAGAUGAUAAAGAUAAAAAAGAAGAUAAAGAUGAAAGGAAGAAAGAAGAUAAAAGAAAAGAUGAUUCUAAAGAUGAUGAUGAAACUGAAGAAGAUAAUAAUCAAGAUGAGUAUGACCCAAUGGAAGCAGAAGAAGCUGAGGAUGAUGAGGAUGAUCACGAUGAGGAAGAAAUGAAUAAACGAGAUGACAAAAGAGAUAUCAACAGGUAUUGCAAGGAGAAGCCAUCUAAAGAUAAGGAAAAAGAAAAGACUCAAAUGAUCACAAUUAACAGGGAUCUCUUAAUGGCCUUUGUUUAUUUUGAUCAAAGCCAUUGUGGUUACCUUCUUGAAAAAGAUUUGGAAGAAAUACUCUAUACUCUGGGACUACAUCUUUCUCGAGCUCAGGUAAAGAAACUUCUUAAUAAAGUAGUACUUCGUGAAUCUUGCUUUUAUCGGAAAUUAACAGAUACUUCAAAAGAUGAAGAAAAUCAUGAAGAGUCUGAAUCAUUGCAGGAAGAUAUGCUAGGCAACAGGUUGUUACUUCCAACACCAACAGUAAAACAGGAAUUAAAGGACAUAGAAGAAAAUGUAGGACUUAUUGUAUAUAAUGGUGCAAUGGUAGAUGUAGGAAGUCUCUUGCAAAAAUUGGAAAAGAGUGAAAAAGUAAGAGCUGAAGUAGAACAGAAGCUACAAUUACUAGAAGAAAAAACAGAUGAAGAUCAAAAAACAAUAUUAAAUUUGGAAAUUUCCAACAAAAACCUCUCUGGUGAACUCAGAGAAGUUAAAAAGGACCUUAAUCAGUUACAAGAAAACUUGAAGGUUUCUGAAAACAUGAAUUUGCAGUUUGAAAAUCAAUUGAAUAAGACAAUCAGAAAUUUAUCUACAGUAAUGGAUGAAAUCCACACUGUUCUCAAGAAGGAUAAUAUAAAAAAUGAAGACAAAGAUCAGAAAUCCAAGGAAAAUGGUGCAAGUGUAUGAUAAAAUUCAUAUAGUGAUGAGGAGUGAUGUUAAAUAAUGUAAUAUAUAAAAAAUCAUGAUACAAGAAUAUUUGGUGGUGAUGCAUGUUUGAUUUUAGUAGUAUAAAUGUUAGUUCAAAUGAUGUAUAAAGUUUUAUGUGUUUGCUUUUGAAAAUUGCUUGUAAUUUCUAGUGUUCAAAUUGAUUAAACACUCCUUGAGUGAAAUAAUUUUGCAUUGCAAAAUGUUUUAGGAUGAACUUUGUUAUAGUUUUAACCCCAAUAAAGUUCAUCAGUUUAAUUGACAAUAUUUAAUUAACAAAUGUCUUUUAUUAAAAUCCCUAGAAAAAUUUGAUUUUAUUUAUAGAAUAUUAGCUUUAUUUUAUAGUCCAUCUUUUUAAUUCUAGCAUAAAUCAUAAAAUAGUAUGCUGCUUAUUUUUUGCUAGUUUUUUGAACCAGAUUUUUUUGUCACCAAAAUAUUCCCUCUUAAUUAUUAGUCUCUAAAAGCAUUUAUUAAAAAUUCAGUUCAAGGGGCUGGGGAUUUAGCUCAGUGGUUCUGUCUCCUGCCUUGCAAACUCAAGGACUGGAGUUUGAUCCCCAGUACAAAAACAAAAAACAAAAAACUUCAGUUCAAGAACCAGGUGUGCUGGUGCCUGCGUGUAAAUCCCAGCACUUGGGAGUCUGAGGCCAGAGGAUCAUCUCGAGUUGAAGGCCAGCCUGAACUACACAGCCAGACCCUGUCUCAAAAAAAAAAAUCAGUUCAUCCAAAAGAUAGGAUUAUCGAAAACUAAAAAAGCAAUAGAUAACUAGUAUUAUUAUAUUUGUUAGGCUUUGCAUAACAUUAAUAGCCUUAAAGUUAAUGUUACUGCUUUCAUUUAAUCGUUCUACUUUCCCAAAGUAGCAUCUAUAUUACUUUUAAUUUUGAAAGUGUAAAAAAAAAAAUAAAGGCAUGUCAGAUAUACGGUUUAGUACCAGGCCAGUAGAUGUCAGUAUGAUGCCUUAAGUAUUCUUUAAUUGAAAAUAACUUUUUUUUUUUUGGUACCAGGGAUCGAACUUGGGACCUUGGGCUUUCGAGGCAGCAGAACCACUGAGCUAAAUCCCGAGCCCUGAAAAUAAUUUUUUUAUUAAGCUUUGUACUUCCUUCAGAAUUGUAGUGGAUGUUUAAAAGCUGAUUUUCACUGUUGAAUGACAAAGGAAGGGAAUAUCAUAUGCUCUGCAACAGAGGUUCUCAGUGGAUGAAUUUAUCCUACAAAGAACAUUUGGCAUUGUUUGGAGAUGUUUUCAGGUGUAUAGUUGGGUGGGUGCUGCUGGCAGUUAGUUGCUGGAGGCCUAGGAUGUUGCUGAAUUAUCUGUGCUGCGUAGGGUAGUUCCUUACAACAAAGAAUUAUUUAGCCCCAAAUGCCUGUAAUGACCAGUUUGAGAAACCCUGCUUUAAAGAAUACAGGAUUCAGUGACAUUGUCAUUAUCAGGUUAGUAGUGAAAACUGAAUUGGGGCCCUGGAUUUAGCUCAGUGGCACCAUACCUGCCUCGAAAACCCAAGGUCCUGAGUUUGAUCCCCGGUACCAAAAAAACCCCCAAAACUGAAUUGAAUCUGUAGCAGAUGAUUAAAUUUUUUUAUUUAGAAAACAUAGUGGAAUGUUUCACUGUCAUAAAAAUAUGUGCUAUGUUAAGAGUUGGCUUUAUUUCAUUUUGUUUUACUUCAGGUUAUUUUGAUAAAAUAAUGGCCUGAUAUUCUAACUAGGUGAAUUUGAGAAUGUAAAUGACUUUUUCAUGUGACUUAAACUAAAUGGAAUCUACAGAGCUCUUACUAAGAGAUAGAUUAAAAUACCUCCAAUUCUUUCAAACCACAUUUUGUCUUAAAUUGAUGUUUCUGCUCUUAGGGUUUCUGGAACCUCUAUAUAAUUACAUAUUUAUUGUAUGAAUGUCUUUAAGGGGAGAUGAAACAUGAUAGGUUUUUUGAAAGUGUGUUUUCUCAAGGAAAAAAUGAUAGUGCUGAAGUCUGAAUUCAGGGCCUUGAAAAUGCUGAGCAAGUGCUCUACUGACAAGCUACAUCUCUGCUGGUUUUUGUUUUCCGAAAGACUCUUGGUACAAUCAAAUUUGUGAUCCUCCUGCCUCAGCCUUCUGAGUAGCUGGAAUUUCUGGCAUCUACCACCGUACCCAGCUGGAGAUAAACUUUUAAAUAAAAGAUGCUAUUAAUAGUA